AUGGAUCCCACAGAAGAGCAUACGGCUUUUUCUGCUCCUCCUGCUCUCCCUUCUGCCUUCGCCAGUGCGAUGCAAAUCCAAGACCCAUUCCUGGCGUCUGCACCAGUCGGUUCUGAUCCCCUUGUUGCUGGCCUUGCUGUUGCUGCGACAGGGCCUUCCCUCCCAGAAGCACAUCUCCAUUCGUCAUCCGGGCUAUUUUCUCUCCCGGCAGCCUUCCCCUUCGCUGAUAAAGCUUUGUCAUCGCCAGGGCUUCUGGCUGUAUUAGACGAGCCUGCAUCCCCGUUACAAGCACACUGCCCAAUGGCUGUAGCGCCACAUGCGUCCCUGGAGUGUACUGCGGAGAGUAAUCUGGCUCGUAGCCUAACCAGCAGCCGUUGCAGGAGGGCGCGUUUGAACCCUCAGCUGCAACCUCAUGAGGAGAUUGAGAAGCUUCCUGAAACGAGGGGAAGAGGGGAGAUCGUGGGAAGCAGGGAAACUGGAGAUAUGGAGAAGAAGGACGGUGUCUUGGCUGGAGAGCGAGGGAGAGCAAGGGGUUUGCCAGUGGACGAGGCAACGAUGUUGCUGCAGGAGCAGCAACCUGAAGUUCAUGAGGAGGAGCCUAAAGUGGUCACACACCUACGUACUCAGCAGAAGCGGGAGGAGCAGGAGGAGCGACAUCAACAGCAGGAGCUGCAGCGGCAGCAACAGCAGCAACAGCAGCAGCAGGAGGAGGAGCAGCAGCAGCAGCAAUCUUCUCUGUUACCUGGCAGUAAAAUGGCAGGAAUUGGAGGGCUGUGGAGGCCAGGGUGGCUGGGCGGCAGUCCCAAGGUGAUGGACUACGAGUGCAGAUUCUGCGGCAAGGGAUUUGAUUCUCCUCGGGCGCUUGGAGGGCACAUGAAUCUGCACAGGAAGGAGCGCAAGCUAGAAGACGAGUUUUUGCAAGAGGCCGAGGCGCAAGCCAGGCCUCCCAUGGGACCCUCCACCCACUCCAACCCAUCCCCACCACAGCAUCCACGCCUCCCUUCUCCCUCCACGGACCCCUUUCUCUCCACCCUCUCCCCAGAGGUUCUCCAAUCUCUCUUCCUCCGCUCGUGCCCCCCUGAAACAGCUGCUGCUGACCCUGUAACUCCUCGUGCGGUUACCGCAGCAGCCUCCUUCGCACCUGCCCAUCCUGCUUCUGUUCCUCCCUCGCUUGCACCCCUCCCUGCUGCUGCAGUACCACCGGUUACCAUGCCAUUUACCCUCCCACUGGUUACUGUACCACCGGUUGCCACAUUUUCUCAGCAUCGGUCCCAUCUUGCCCCACCUGUACCCACUAGUCAGCUGGAAGCAAUACCACCUGAACUGUCGGCGGCGCGGCAGCUUGACCUGCAACAGCAGCAGCAGCAGCAGGAGGAGGAGGAGGAGGAGUUGUUGAGUCAGCUGUUGGCGUUGACAGAGCAGCAAGCACAGCCAGGCACGGGUGGGGUGUUAGAGCAGCAGGGCAAGGCAGAGCAACAGCAGGGGAGGAGCAGUCAAGCAAAAGCACAUGUGGCAGCACUUAAUCCGGGCCAGGGGAGAUUUGGAGGAGGUGGAGGAGUGGGAGGAGUGGGAGGAGGAAAGGGGUCUGUGCAAGAUUUGACGGCUUUGGAUUGGCUGCCUGCAGCCUCGCACCUCCAGGGCUUGUCUUUGCCGUCUGUGACUGUGCCUGAUGUGACUUUUCCUGAUGUGACUAUGGCUGGUGUGACUUCUGGACCUCUUGCCUCUGCUAUCGCUUCAGCUCUUGCUGCGGUUACACCUUCUGCAUUCAUACCGUCACUGGCUAAGCCUUCUCUAGUUGCACCUUCACUAGUUACACCUCUGCUGACGCCUUCACUGGUGAGGCCUCCUCCAGACCUUGCUGCAUCUGCCGUUUCAACUCCUGCUGCCACUGCUCACCUGGUCACUCCACAGCAGCAGCAGCCAUGGACCACCGGGUUCGCCCUUGGCAGCCAGCAACAGCCGCAGCAACCUUUGAGUUCUCGGCCUGUCAUGAGGCAGCAGCAGCAGGUUGGGGCUCUGCCAGGGCGGCCAUUGCAAGGGGGGGGUGCAGGAAGGAGUGAGGAUGAGGAGCUGGCACAGCUGGAACAGCUUCGCCAGUUGUUGCUCUUACAGGAGCAGCUUAUAAGGGAUCAACCAGGGAAGGAGGGGCUUCAGUUGAAGAGGCAGGGGUUGGUGGGGAUGAAAGGAGGUGAUUGGUGCGGUGACUUGAGCCAGCAGGUGGAGAGAGAGGUGGUAGCCGAGCGUGAGGGGCAGUGCCGUUCAGAGGAAUAG